UACAGGCAUGGAUGGGAAGAAAUGCAGCGUAUGGAUGUUUUUACCUCUUGUAUUUACUCUGUUUACUUCAGCUGGAUUGUGGAUAGUAUACUUUAUAGCUGUGGAAGAUGACAAAAUUUUCCCAUUAAAUUCAGCUGAAAGGAAACCUGGUGUGAAGCAUGCACCAUAUAUAAGUAUUGCAGGCGAUGAACCUCCUGCAAGCUGUGUGUUUAGUCAAGUUAUGAACAUGGCAGCAUUCCUAGCUCUUGUGGUAGCUGUUCUGCGCUUCAUACAACUGAAACCAAAGGUUUUAAAUCCUUGGCUGAAUAUUAGUGGAUUGGUUGCACUGUGUCUGGCUUCCUUUGGAAUGACCUUACUUGGUAAUUUUCAGCUCACAAAUGAUGAAGAAAUCCAUAAUGUUGGAACCUCCUUGACAUUUGGAUUUGGCACCUUGACCUGCUGGAUCCAGGCUGCAUUGACACUCAAAGUCAACAUCAAGAAUGAAGGACGGAAAGUUGGAAUUCCACGAGUUAUUCUCUCGGCAUCUGUCACUCUCUGUGUAGUCCUCUACUUCAUCCUCAUGGCCCAAGGCAUCCACAUGUAUGCAGCCAGGGUCCAGUGGGGCCUGGUCAUGUGCUUCCUGUCAUACUUUGGCACGUUUGCUGUGGAGUUCCGGCAUUACCGUUACGAGAUUGUUUGUUCUGAGUACCAGGAGAAUUUUCUAAGCUUCUCAGAAAGCCUGUCUGAAGCUUCCGAAUAUCAAACUGACCAGGUGUAACCCAUCAGUUUUUCCUCACUGGGGAGGUGGGUGUGACAGUGAAGGAGGGGCCAGGAGGACACACUCAUAGGACUUGACAUAUAACCUCAUGACACAUUUUACAGACACACACACACACGUUCAUGGCCACAUUUGCCAAAUGAGCUUUUCAGGGUGAGUUAUUUCUUUUAACAUAAAAGCACAAGCCCUAAUGUGUCGAAAUACACCCUGUUACACUGAAAAUAUAUGCACGACAGAGCAAAAAGCUUGUGCACGAUCACCUCUUUUCCCUCCCACAAUACUCCCUGCUCUUCCCAUGCUCUUUGCAUAUUUCAGACAUCGUGAUCAUCCUGCCAUAGGGUAGGGCAGGCUAAAUGUCACAUGGGAAUAAUGCCAACUCCCAAAGGUGCCUUCAGAUCCAAAGGGCUUGGAAGCAGCUCACGAGGAAGUUCUGAAUCUGGCACUAAUACUCUUGAAUGUAUAGAGUAUCAUCUAAUCGGACAGAAACUGUAUAAUGUGACCCUGUGUAACCUGUAGAAAGGUAAGGGAUCAAGGAUAGGACUUUUCCACAAAAACUCCAUCAUUGUUCAGUGGUUGGCUGUGAGGAUUCAGUGAAAAGAAUAUGCUACAAACUGUGAGAGUUGGAGCCCACCACCAUGGUUUGGACUUUACCGUGACAGAAAUAUUUCCAAAUGUGAGUAUUUGUAGGGACCUGGCCUACCAGGCAUGGAACAGAUGGGGCAGCAAGGGUGUCGUUUCGUUUUUGCUUUUAUAGUAUGCUAUGUAUAGCUUUCAUGUGAUGUUUCAUGGCUUGCCUUUUUUGAAGUAACUACCAAGGGUCUCUCGAGGCUUCAUGGACAAAGAAGAUGUAGGCCACAUGCGAGAGAUGAGCUUGUUUUGAGUUCAACCAUGAUAAAAGAGAAAAAAAGGUGACCUGCAGGCUUAAUUUGCUGCUUUUAUGUCUGAAGCUACAUGUUCACAGAAAAAGCACAAAGAAACAUGUGGAGGUAGUAAAAAGAGCUCCUGCUUGACAUUUAUAAAAUAUAGGAGUUUUAGAGCAUCUUGUUACAAGUCCAAAUCAGGGGAGAGUUUCUUAAUAUAUGUCUGUAGCUCAAAUUUAGUAUUUUGGGAGAGGUUAAGGGCUUUUCAUAUUUGGAAUUUUUAGAAGCCAAUCAAAAGAUUACCCUCCCCAAAAAACAAAUUGGUACAGCUGUCCCCUACUGCCUAACACAUAGUUCCCACCUGCUAAGAGUUUAGAACUCAAACUGUAGGCCCGGGCUUUUGAGGCUAUGCUUCACAGAAAAGAACCGAAUUCCAAAUUCAACAUGUGUUGGAGUAGGUCAUUUGACAGACCCUUUGUGCGUACACUGUGUUUCAAGAAAUUCCAGAUUUACUUUACAGGGGACUGGGAUUUCAUGGAAUAUAAUGUGAAAAAACAUUAUUUUUUAAUUCAACCUAAACUCAGCUUCUUUAGGGGCAGGUAUCAAUGACUUUUUAUCUCCGUAUUUAUCUCCACCUCCUAGCACAGUGCCUAGCACAUCAUAGGUGCUCAACAAACGCUGUUGAACAGAAUUAUUGGUGAUUUAAGGGUAGGCAAAAGGAGUAUCAGAGAAAGACUCAAAGAUGAGUGAGAGAAUAGAAGAUGACUAUUUCAAGGAAGACAAGAAUAGAAGAAAUCAUGAAUAAGGGUCAGAUAGAGGAGUGAGAAUACUUAUAAAUGUUAAGUAAAAUGUGGGGAAAAAAAUCAAGCAGAGAGUAUUCUAUUAAAAGGCAUCUUAAUUGUAAAUAAUCCAAGGUGACAUUUAUUAUUUUGGAAUACUGCUUUUGGAUUUUUUUUUUCAUUUUUAUAUUUUAAAGUUUUUAUCAGAGGACAGACAGAGAUUUAUGAAAUUUUCUUUUACUUUACACAAUCCAAAUUAAACAGCUUUUGGUGAUGCACUAUACACUUUCUUAAGAGCAUAUCUAAUAGCACAUUUUAGCAGAAUCAAGCAAUGACUGGCGUUAUUCAUUGGGAUCUGACCACUAAAUAAAAUUCUUUUA